AUGGCAGCUCCGCAGGGGAACUACCCGCCUCCGGGUCAAGAGGGCUACGGUCAGCAACCCCAGAUACAGAACAUCCCUCCCCCAAACACGAAACCCCGAACUCACACAGUCUUAGGCGCUCCUGGAGCACCCAAUGCGCCUCCACAUGAUAGUGCGCCUGCUUCGGCACCCUCCCAUGGCCGAAAGAAACGUACAUACGCCAACCAGGCAUUUGAUUUCGGCGUUGGCGCCAAUGCUGGCCUGAACCAACCAGGAGUAGGAGCUGAAGGGUACGGCUAUCCAAGUGCUCAGCAGCCACAGGGGUAUCCCCAAGGAGGUGUUUAUCCAGGCCAGCAACCAGCUCCGGCGCCAGCUGCACAGUAUCCUGGCACAGACGCAGGAUACCAGGCACCUAUGCCCUCAUACCCGCCUCCGCCAGGUCCUGGUAUGGCACAGAUAACGCAGCAGAUGGGGCAGAUGAACAUGGGAGACCAGCAGCAACAGCAGCAGCCUGGAAUGCAGCGGCCGGUGCAGCUCAAUCAGCUUUAUCCAACUGACCUACUUACCCAGGGAUUCAACGUUGCCGAGUUUGAAUACCCACCACCUCCAAUUAUUCUCCCCCCGAACACGAGCGUAACACCUUCGCCGAACGCAAACUGCCCAGCAAAAUACGUCCGAUCUACUCUCAAUGCUGUGCCAACGACAAACUCUCUCCUGAAGAAGUCUCGUCUGCCCCUUGCCCUUGUUAUCCAGCCAUAUGCCUCUCUUCAUGACUCCGAGGACGAAAUUCCAGUUAUAUCGGAUCAGGUAAUUUCUCGGUGUCGACGUUGCCGUUCAUACAUCAACCCGUUCGUUACCUUUCUUGAUCAUGGCCACCGUUGGAGAUGUAACAUGUGCAGCUUGACAAAUGACGUACCGCAGGCGUUUGAUUGGGAUCCCGCUGCACAAAAGGCAGUUGAUAGAUGGCAGCGACCGGACCUCAACCACUCCGUCGUGGAGUUCGUUGCUCCACAGGAAUACAUGGUCCGGCCACCCCAGCCGCUGGUCUACCUCUUCCUGAUUGAUGUCAGCUAUGCAUCAGUUACCAGUGGAUUGCUAGCUACCGCCGCACGAUGCAUCCGAGAAAGCCUUGACCGGAUACCAAACGCAGACCGCCGAACCAGAAUCGGCUUUAUUGCGGUAGAUUCCAGUCUUCAUUACUUCACCAUCCCCCGCGACGGAUCGGAGAGCUCUGAGCCCAACAUGCUCGUUGUUAGCGACUUGGACGAACCGUUCAUGCCCAUUCCCGGUGAUCUUUUGAUAACUUUAGCUGAAUCCCGGGAGAAUAUCGAGAUCUUCCUCGAUAAAUUACAAGAGAUGUUCCAGAAUACCCAAAACCCUGGAUCUGCCAUGGGAUCGGCGCUUAGAGCAGGUCACCAACUCAUUGGACCCGUUGGUGGUAAGCUUACCGUCUUGACUGCCUCAUUACCGAACAUGGGAUUCGGUAGCUUGGAGAUGAGAGAAGAUAAGAAAGUCCUUGGCACAAGUAAAGAGAGCAGUUUGCUCCAGACCGGCAACAGCUUUUACAAGAGCUUUGCUGUGGAAUGCUCUAAACAGCAGAUAUCUGUCGACAUGUUCUUAUUUUCCUCUCAAUACCAAGACGUGGCCUCCCUCAGUAACCUGCCCAGAUACACCGGUGGCCAAACAUACUUUUACCCUGGCUGGAAUGCCGCUAGGAGCGAGGAUGCUAUCAAAUUUGCCAAGGAGUUUUCGGACUACCUGUCUUCUGAAAUUGGGCUUGAGGCCGUCCUCCGUGUCCGCGCAACCACCGGUCUACGCAUGAACACAUUCUAUGGAAACUUCUUUAACAGAAGUUCGGAUCUCUGCGCUUUCCCUGCCUUCCCCCGCGACCAAGCCUAUGUUGUAGAGGUUGCUAUUGAUGAAACCGUCACCAAACCCGUUGUGUGCCUGCAGACCGCUGUCUUGCACACCACCUGCAAUGGCGAACGAAGAAUCAGGGUCCUGACUCUGGCUCUUCCAACUACUCAGAAUCUCGCCGACGUAUACGCUGCCGCCGACCAAUGCGCCAUUGCUACCUACUUCAGUCAUAAGGCUGUUGAGCGUACUCUCGGAGGCGGCCUCGACCCAGCUCGGGAUGCCUUGCAGGCUAAGAUCAUAGAACUACUCUCUACGUACAGGAAGGAGCUGGCUGGUGGCAGUGUAGGCGGUGGUGGCCUGCAGUUCCCUGCAAACUUGCGUGGACUACCCAUCUUAUUCUUGGCAAUGAUGAAGAACCUUGGUCUCCGGAAAUCCGCUCAAAUACCUACCGACAUGAGAUCCGCUGCUCUCUGUCUCCUUUCUACUCUGCCUCUUCCUCUCCUUAUACAGUACCUUUACCCCAAGAUGUACUCGCUUCAUGACAUGCCCGAUGACGCCGGCAUCCCUCACGAGGAAACAGGAGAAAUCGUGCUCCCGCCUUUGACUAACCUUUCAUCCGAACGCCUGGUGCCCCAUGGUCUGUACCUGAUUGACGACGGCCAGACUCAAUUCCUAUGGGUUGGCCGUGAUGCCGUCCCACAGCUUAUCAACGAUGUAUUCGGGCUCAGCGACAAGUCUCAUCUCCGAGUUGGCAAGCAAUUCCUGCCCGAGACCGAGAACGACUUCAAUGAGCGUGUCAGAGCAGUCGUUAACAAGAGCCGAGAUACGUUGUCGCGAGGCGUAGGAAGCAUCAUCUCACCCCAUCUCUACGUAGUAAAGGAGGAUGGAGAGCCAGGACUAAGGCUAUGGGCACAGUCCAUGUUUGUAGAGGACCGCGCAGACCAGAGCGUCAGUCUAAAACAAUGGAUGGGCUUGUUGAGAGAGAAGGUCAUUCAGUAA